AUGGCGACCACCGACACGACGACGACGGAGGCGCCGGCGACGGUGGGCGGCUAUGAGCUACUGGAGCGCCUGGGCGGGCGCCCGCCGUCCACGGUCGUGUGGCGCGCGGUCUCACGCUCCACCGGUGCGCCCGUGGCCGUGAAGCAGGUGCGGCUCGCCGGCCUCCCCGCCCGCCUCCGCGACAGCCUCGACUGCGAGGUCCGCUUCCUCGCCGCCGUCAGCCACCCCAACAUCAUCCGCCUCAUCGAUGUCAUCCAGACGCAGAGCUGCCUGUACCUCGUCCUGGAGCUGUGCGAGGGAGGGGACCUGGCGGCCUUCAUCCGGCGCAACGGGAGGGAGCUGGCUUACAAGUGCUGCGCCGGCACCAUGUCGUCCACCGGGACUUGA